UGAGCAGCAGCAGCCGCCGCUGCCUCCCGUGUCAUUGCGCAGCGCCAGUGCGGCCACAGUCCCAGCUCACCGGAUCCUCCUCCUCCUCCAUUCACUUCCACGCCGCAACUCAACUCGCCAUCCCAUAGCCGUCGUCACAUCAUCACUCGCUCAGCCACCGACCCACCCAUUCACCAAAACCUCACCGGCUCUAUCAAAACAGAACGCAAAAUCAUCUCCGGCUAAAAGGAGGACAUCGGGGAGGGUGGGUAAGCAAGAGAAUGUAUAUGUGAGCAAGACUCAAGAUAUGUGAGCAAGAGGAGCGACACAAGCGAGCGGGCAGGGAGAGCUUUGGAAGUGGGACAAAGAGGAACAACGGGAGAGUGGGAAGGGGCUUGAACGAGAGAGGCUUCGGCGUGGCUCACAAUUUGGGGGGGGGGGGGGUGCUGUGAAUAUAUAUCGUGGCUGGCUAUGCGCCGCUGCUGCUGCUAUUGCAGUCGGGAGCAGCAGAAGAAGCGGCAAGAGGAGGAGUCAUCGGAGGAGGCGCGCGGCAGCCGCUCUGGAUGAAUCUGCGUCAGCGCUCGCAAUGGAAUCGUGCGCAGUGAGUCCGGCGUGGUCCCCGGUGGCGUCCAGCAUUCGGCAUGGCCAUGCUCCAGGCUCUGCUUCUCUUCUCGGCUGAGUCCACGUCCCCUACCUCUCCACCGCCGCUGCUCUCCGACCGCCGACAAGGCGUGCGACAGCCUCCACCUCCGCGUACACCGCCAGCACAGACACAGACGCAGUCCCGGGCUUGGCCGCCGCCACCGGCCGCCCCCCUGCGAACCUCGGCCUCCGAUCCCAGCCUCGCGCAAAGUGCCGCCGCCGCCGCUAGCGCCGGUGCCGGGGCCGGCUGCGGUGUUGGCAACAUGGGCAGCGUGAGCAGCCUGAUCUCGGGCGGCGGCGGCGGCGGAGGCGGCAACGGCGGACCCCAGCACGCCGGAGCCAAGGGCCUGCGCAGCAACGCGGGCCGCGCGCCGCAUCUCAAGCAGGGUCUGCUGCAGCGCAACGGGCUGCUCAAGAAGGGCUUCUCCUCCAAGGAGUCGGUGGCGAACCUGCUGAGCGAGGAGCGCGUCGCGGCCGCCAAACCGGCCGUGGCUCGGCUCAUCAAGGACGAGCGGUCGGCAGCCGAAAGGCUCGGCGGCGCCAACGGACUCGGGCAGGGCGAGUACGUGCAGCUCAACAGCGGCAGCCUUAGGGGCGACGAGAGGGGCGCGAUGGAGCCUGCCGACGGCAGCGCGGGUGGCGGCGGCGGCGGCGUGCAGGUGGCCGGCGUGCCGCUCAUCAAGGACAUACGGGGGCCUCCGCCCAAGAUCGUGCCCAUCUCUGGGAGGCUGGAAAAGAGUGUGGAGAAGAAGCUCAUCCGUCCCAUCGCCCUCAAGCCGGCGGCGACAACGUUGUCUGGCGGCGGUGGCGGCGGCUCCUCCCGCGGUGGUGGUGGCGGCGGCAGCAGCUCCCAGCGGCCCUCGCAAACCUCGGGGCCUCGACCCCUCAAGGGCAUCUUCCCGCUGGAGCAGGUCAAGUGCGCCGUGCCCAACUCGAUCGCGCCUCCCAGCAAGUGGAGCUCCACCGAGGGCCUCUACCAGAACGUGGGCCAGCACGCGGCUGCUGCGGGACAGUGCCUCCUCUCGGACUCGGGCCGCAACUCGCUGUCCAGUCUGCCCACGUCCGUGGGGGCCGGAGUGGCCGGUGCCAUCGGGCGGGUGGACGGGCUGUGCGUGGUGGGAGGGCCCGGGGGGGUGCAGCACCAGCAGCAGCACCAGCAGCAGCAGCUACAUCAUCAUCAUCAGCACAUCGUGGGGAAGAUCAGUGCCUCGACGGGGCACAUCGACCACAUCGCGAGCGGAGCGCCGCUGCAGCCGCCCCCGCCUGCCACGAUGAUGUCCCAUCACCACCACAAUGGGCUCUCAUCCGGCAGGAAGGCCUCGGCCGUUGAGUCAGGGAUGCUCAGCGGCGGCUCCACGCUGGACAGCGGCCGCGGCUCCUCCUCCAGCAGCAGCGGCGGCAAAGGGGGGGGACGGCGGCCGACGGGCACUGGCGGCAGCGAGGCGGGGGGCUCGUGCGACCAGUCGCCGUGCUCCGACGACCCGUACGACGUGGAGGAGGAGUUCCGGCGGCGGUGGACGCGGCAGGCGGGCGGCGAGGGCGGCCCGACCGUCCCCUACGCCCGCGACGACCGAGGGCCCGGGCCCUCGGAGGCUGAGCUUGCCGAACUGAGCAGGCAGGCGUACGGGGCACGCCUGCGCCAGGCCGGGCAGAAGGCUCAGCGGGCGCAGCACAUGGCGCAGCUGCAGGUGUUCCAGCUGACGCAGGAGAAGCGCCGGCUGCAGGAGGAGGUGGGGCGCCUGCAGGACGAGGUGGCCCGCAUGCAGGGGAACUGCCAGACGCUGGAGAAGCACUGCUCCGCGUUCCAGCGCCAGCAGAACGAGCUGGCCCCGCGCCUGGAGGAGACCAAGUGGGAGGUGUGCCAGAAGUCGGGGGAGAUCUCCCUGCUCAAGCAGCAGCUCAAGGAGGCCCAGGCGGAGCUGGCGGGUCGCCUCGGCGAGCUGCUCGCGGUGCGCGCGCAGGCACGCGACGCGCGCUCCGAGCUGGCCUCGCGCGACGAGCAGACGCGCGCCCUGCAGGCCCGCCUCCACGCCAAGACGGCCGAGCUCGAGGUGUGCGCCAACGAGCUGCAGCGCCGCGCCAGCGAGGCCGCGCUGCUCCGCGAGAAGCUGGCCCAAAACGAGGCGCAGGCGGCCGAGCUCCGCCGCAAGCUGGCGGACGUGGCGGCCGCCCCCCCCGCCGGCGGCCGGGGCAUUGACGACGCAGACAGAAGGGUGCGCGAGGAUGAGGAGGAGGAGGACGACGAAGAGGGCGAGGCGGAGGAGGCCGAAAACCACCGUGGGGAAAACAGGACCGACGGAGCGCAACCGGGGCCAGGGAAGCCACCCGUCGGCACGCGGGGCCUGACGGAGCUCCCGCCCGAGGGCGACGACCGCAGCGGAAGCGCGGGGGACGGGUCGGAGGCGGAGAGCCGGCUGCAGGGCCUGCGGCGCGAUGUUAGCAGGAUGCAGGUGGAGGUGGAGGCCCUGCGCGAGAAGCUCGGCGAGCAGGCGGGCGCGUUCGAGGAGGAGCGGCGCGUGUGGCUCGAGGAGAAAGACAAGGUGAUCCGCUACCAGCGGCAGCUGCAGCAGAGCUACCUGCAGACCUUCCAGAGGAACCGCGCGCUGGAGGAUGAGGUGAGGCGCAUGGCGGCCGAGCUGGAGAGCAGGGACAUGGAGGAGGUGGACGCUCACAGCGAGUUUUCUUACAAGAACGCGGCGACUGCCGGCGCCGUGGUCUCCGCGGUGGCUCCGACUGAAAUCUGACGGCACCGCUCGACGGCCGUGCUGCACGGCAGGGACUUGGCGCGUUUGCUUACCGCCAGACAGACAAUCGACCAGUCGCCAUCUCUGCCCCUGAGAAAUGUGCACCACGAAGAAUGGAGCCUUAAUUAAUGAUUGAUUUCUAUUGACCUUAUGGCCAAGAGCAGAAUGUUGUCACACCGAAACCAGUUUUCUUUUUAACAUUGCAAAAUAUUUACAUUGCAAAGUCCGUGAGAUGACUAUUUAAUUCAACUUCCUGGUAAACGGGAUGCCCGCUGUGAUGGGGGAUGGAAUAUUCUACCCCCAAAAUGCUACAGAUGGUUCAUUGUGAAAAUUACUUUCCUGACCCCCGCGUGCGUGUGUGUGUAUCUGUCUGUCCUUGUACUUUGUUAAUUCUCUGCAGUACAGUAUUUAUCUCUUGCCAUAACCCGAGGCAAUAUUUAUUCAUCAGUGUUCGCUUGCACUUACUGUAAACAGACAGUGGAAUAAGCACAUCUAGUUCGGUUUGUACAAGCACAUGACCGCCAUUAUAUGUGUACAUAUAGCAGUUCGCCGGUUUGUAUAUAUUGGUGAUGGCUGUCAAACCCUCGCAGAUGUCCUUGUGUAGGUUUGUAAUGUAGCUUUUUCUACGUUUAGAGGUUACGUGGACAUUAAUGUUUCUACUACCGUCAUGACGAAAAUGUGAAUAUUUGUGCGUGUUUCUUUUUUUCUACGUGCUGCAUGGUUGCCCCAUUGUUGCCGAAUUAACGUCAAACCGUUGUGUAAAUGUGCAUGUGUUCCCGCAAACGGUGUCCACGAUGAACGAGACGAAGUUGGCGUCGGUGCCAUAUGUGCGAGUUUCCAAAGAAUUCCGAAUCCCCGCUGAAGACGCGCUCCGUGUUCGACGGUUAACUGACUAGCUUUGCUCGCUCGAAUACACGGCGGUCUUGUCCAACGUGCGACAUCCUUCCCCGCCGUACUUAUGCGGCUUCGAGCGUGUUUCGUAUAAUCAUCGACUGUCGCGGCUUAAUGACCACUCGCAUUUGUAUGUGAAAAUAAUACGUCUAAAAAUGCCAGUGGUGAAUAUCUUUAAAUGCGUUUUGAAGGCCAUAAUUCUCACACCCUUCAAUAUCGUGGUGCUGCUCAUUUACAGUGCCGUGGAUUCAGGCUCGCCUAGUCAAAGCUCUGUAAAGACGUCGUACACAUUUUGGUGCACUGCUAUAUACACUGUACGGUAAAUGUUUGCUUAUUGUUUUUCACUCGAUAGAAAUUGCUUCAUCACCAAAGUCCACGGGGGACUCUGCAUAUGGACUCGAUUUGGUAUAUACAGUACCUCAUACUCAACAUUUUUCAAAAGAGUCCACUCGAGGCUAACUACAGAAAUUACAUAUUGUGUACGUACCAAAAUCUCACAGAAUGUUUCCAGCUGGUGAUUGUGUAGAAUGUCUGUGUCAUGUGAUUGCGGCUACUUGGGUUUUAUAGUUUGGUAAUUAUUGGCAACUGGGUGUAAAAACAUAACACAUUUUGUAUGACAGUGGUUCUCAACCAUUUUGUUAUUCUGCCCCCUCAGCCUCAGACUCCCAUACUGCAUUAGUGUUUUGUUACCACAUCAUGUGAUGUGACGCUGACGUUCCCCGGCCACAUUCACGAUGCAUCCUGCACGGUAUCCACGCCGCAGCCUGCGCCCUCUAGGCCUCCUAGGGGGUGCAUCACACAGGUUGAGAACCACUGCCCUCAGAACUCGUAAUGUUUGUCCCAUGUUUCAAAUAGUAAAUGGCUAAGACAACAGCUGGUGUGUUAGGCUGAGCUGUAGUUUAAAUGUGGGUUCAAUUGUUUAUCUCUCCUGCCUUGAGGCUUCCAACGUGUUGGAAUAUGUGUUCCCUUUUUAUUUAUUUAAGUAUUAAUAUUUUAGCAAUAAUUAAUACAAAGCAAUUUGCCAAUCUUAUGUUACACUUCUGAGCGUUUUAAAAGUCGCCGUUUGUAGUUGAAUUGAUCGUCGUACAUGAUGCUUUUCAUAGUCCACAACUGUAAUUUUUUUCAUUUUCAAUUAAGGACAUUGUGUUACUGAGAAUUUUUGGUCUAUUUCCCAUAUUACACAUGUCCUCAUAGUAUACAUAUACACAAUACAGCGUAUAAAACAACCGUUUAUGCAAUAUAAAUAAAAUCCCAAAAGUAGGAAACUUAACAGGAUAAAAAUACAGUACAUAAAUACGAUGUCGUUAACCUAGGGGCCUGUAUUCAGUGUUGCCAACUUAUCGAUUUUGUUGCUAGAUCUAGCUACUUGUUGGGUUUCUCUCGUGGAAAGCUUGUCGAAACGACUAAGCUACAUAUCUAGCGACUUCUUGAGAUGAGGACAUGAUGCAGAUUUAGGAGCUAUUCCCCAUGGUGGGUAUGAAGGAUUUUUCACCGGUGUUUACUCUGCUCAACGCUCUGUAAAUUGUCUCGCAACAUUUUUCGAAGGCAACAUCUCGUGACCUCUUCGAGGUUCGUUUCGGCAACUCUCUCCGCGUUAAGGAGUUCCCAACGCUGCCUACGAUUGCGAGCGUCGUGUGCACACGCAUACCCUGCGGUGUCGUUGCAAGAGAAAUAGCGGACGAGGCUGUUGAUGCUGCUGGAUCGACGAUAGUAUUGCUAUAGCGGUGUGCUUCGAGUGUGACGGGGGGGUAGUGCAAACCUGCCAAGCAUUAUUGUGUCACACCUUUCACCGCUGCCGCCAUUGUGCCCAGACUGUGUAGCCAUGUUAUUUUUGUACUUGGUGCUUCCAUAUUUGGAGCCAGGAUGUCUGUGGCAUGUGUACAUUGGCUCUGCAUGGCUGGACAGAGAGUGCUUGCACACGUAACACCUUUUGUAAAUAAACUUAAGUGAACUUAAACUCGCGCAAGUUUCGCGUCCUCGUGGUGCAUGUUGUGUGC